AUGGAUGGCAUUUCUACUACCUUGGAUCAGGCUACGUCCAACUCCAACUUCACUGGUAAGAGUAAUGGUGAUUGUACCAUCACCCACCUCAUGUUUGUUGAUAACCUCCUUAUCUUUGGGAAAGCCACUACCUCCAAUGCUCAAAACCUUAACUCAAUUUUGGAUAAAUUUGCAUCUGUUUCGGGUUUACAUGUUAAUCCUCAGAAAAUCAGAUGUCUUCAUCCGUUUGCCGGCGGUAGUAAUCAGUCCGACGUUAUUCGCAAUGCAAUUCUUAAGCCUCUUGACCAGAGAUCUGUCAGCUUUCGUGGUGUUCUUGGAAAUCAAGAAAAAUCCAGAUUUUCUUCUAAUCUGAAUGUUGAAGAUGAAUCUUUUCCAGGUUUUCAAUCGAAGAGGGAUUUUGAAUCGCUUUCGCCAGAGGUUGAUCUGAAAGUUAAAAAUCGUGAAGGUCCUUGUAUGUCGGAAGUUCAGAAUCAGAAUGUUCAGAAUCUGACGGAUGUUAUUGAUAAAUAUGGAGAUAGUUUUGACGAGGGUAUUAAAUCGAAUGGUAAUGUGAAUCAGGGGAACAAAUUUGAAUCAGCUUGGAAAAGGAUGCAACACAUCAAACUGAAUUUCGAUUCCAAUUCUACACAGCUAACGGAAGAUGGUGUAGCAGUGAAGUUAAAAACUGAUAAGGAAUUAACUAACUCUCAGGUUUUGAAGAAAUCGUUAGUUAUUAAGAUUUUGGGAUGGAAAUUGCCUUUUUCAAUUUGUAGUCAAGAACUCAUAAGGCAGUGGAGUAGGUAUGGUAGUUUCCAUCUAACGACUUUGGGUAAUAAUUGGAUUCUAUGUUUGUUUGCUAAUAUGGAAUCCAUGGAAGAGGUUUUGAAUGGGGGUCCUUGGUACAUUGGUAACCAUAUAAUAGGUAUGGACAGAUGGUCGUCUUCUUUCUCUACUGAUUCGUUAAAAGGAAUCACAUCACCAGUGUGGAUUCGUUUCCCAGGACUGCCUUUGAGCUGUUGGGAUGAGGACAAUAUUCCUAUCAUUGCCUCAAUGAUAGAAACUCCAUUAAUGCUGGAUGGGAACUCAUUCAAAUGGGGAAAGCGGGAAUACGCUAGAUGCUGUGUUCGCAUUGAUUUGGAGAAGAAACUCCCUACUGGUGUUUGGAUAGAGGGUAUUAACGAAAGUUUGUUUCAACGCGUGGAAUAUGAAAAGUUAACAUCUCUUUGUUAUCAAUGUGGUAGAGUUGGUCACAGCAAGGAUGAUUGUCCUGAUUCCAUUACCGUAGUUGACACUGAUAUGAGAAAUCAGGGCUCUAAAGAAAAUGUGAAACAGGUUGAUGAAGCGAAGUCUGAGUAUGUUAAGAAGAAAGAUGAAGAAUAUGGGUCUUGGAUCCAUGGGAUGGUUGUUGAGAAGAUGGAAGAAACUAUUAAUGAAAAUUCUGCAGUCCACGUUGAAUCAACAAAGGAGCCUUUUGCAGCUCAAGUUCAGGAAAUUCCUGUUGUUGUGAAUAAAUUCCAAGUUUUGGACUGUGAAAUAGAGGAAGGAGAGGUUGUUGAAAGGGUUAAUGAGAAGAACUUGAGUAAAUCCAUUGAGUUGGAUUCAGUUGAAGAUGUUGUUACUCCUGGUUCGCAUAAUGCUAUUGCUGAACAGAGAGUUGAUGAGCAGUCGGUAGCUGUGUUAAACUCUAGGAAAUGGGGGGCUAGAAAGAGGGAGGCCUCCUUAUAUCUUAGAGAAAUUGUGAAGGAUUAUAAGGGUUUCUUUGUGGGGCUUACUGAAACUAAGAUUUCUUCUCUUGAUAGUAGUGAAGUGAAUCAAAUCAUUGGCAAUGAUUGGGAUUAUUUCUUUCAUCCCUCAAUUGGCAAUUCAGGUGGUAUUUUAAUCUUGUGGAAGAAGGCUUUUGCUUCUUUUGAAAUGGUUGAUCACUCCUCCCAAGUGGUUAUUAGAAAGCUAAUCACUAAUGCUUUGGGUAAGUGGAAUAUUGCAACGAUAUAUGGUGGAAGAGAUGCUCAAACCCGUAGAUCUCUUUGGAGCACACUAGAAAAUUAUUUGAGUGAUGAAGAUCCUUUUAUAAUAGGAGGGGAUUUCAAUUGUAUCCUUUCUAAAGAGGAUAAAAGGGAUGGAAAGAGAUUCUAUUUAUCUAAGGGCUCCAAAGACUUGAAUAAUUUUAUGAUUAAUAAUGAUUUUCAUGAUAUAGGAUUUGUGGGUCCUAGCUACACUUGGUGUAAUAACAAGAAAGGAAAUUCUAGAAUUUGGGAGAGGCUUGAUAGGUGUCUCUUGAAUUCUAAGGCUAUUCACAAGGUUUCUUUUGUUAAGGUACAUCAUUUACCAAGAGUAGCAUCAAAUCAUGCUCCUAUUUCUAUUAAUCUUGUGGAAAAUCAGAAUCAGAAAUCGGGUUUCAUUAGAUUUGAAGAUACAUGGAAGACUUAUCCAGCUACUUGGAACAUUGUUCUGAAAGCUUGGAAGAAGAUGGAUUACAGUUUGAAUGCAGAAAUUCUACAGAGAAAGCUGAGGAGAGGUAUUAAGGCAUUAUACUACUGGAAUAAGAAUAAGUGUCGAGAUCUACAAUUAUUAAGAGAUGAGCUGAAAAAAGAAAUAUUGUUGUUACAAACUGAAGAAGCUAAUGAAGGAGGUUUAUCGGUGGAAAAAUUGAAGAUGUUGAGGAACAAAGUGCAAGAACUAAAUGUUACAUUGAGUAGACUCUCUACUUCGUGGAACCAAAGAUCCAAAGUUAGAUGGCAGCAGGAAGGAGAUGUAAACUCUAAUGUUUUUCAUCAAUUUGCUUCAGCAAAGAGGAAUGGAAAUAUGAUUUGGCAGGUCAAAGAUGAGAAUGGAAGUAUGGUAGAUGAUUUGGAGAAUAUUGAAACAGUUUUCUACAGAUGUUUUCAGCAAAAAUGGUCAGCCAGAAGUUGUAAACUGACGGAUUGGCCUCCCUGUCCAAAAGUUCUACAAAUUUCCAAAGAGGGUGCUGUUAUGCUAAAUCUGGAUUUCACUAAAGAGGAACUUACAAAAGCUAUAUUCAUGCAAGGUAACAAUAAAUCUCCAGGUUUAGAUGGUAUUACUUUGUCUUUUUUCAAGUUUUAUUGGAAAAUUGUUGAGGAGGAAACUUGGAAAGCUAUUGAUGAUUUCUUUAAAACUGGUGUCAUGUUUGAGGAAUGA